AAAUUCCAAGAAAUACGGAAAAAGGAUUCUACAUAAGCGAAGAUUAGCAUUCGAAGGGACAGAUAAUCGAUAUGAUUGAAACGCUAAGAGAAAUUGUGCGGAAUCUUAGAAUGAAUGAAAAUGAAAAUGGAAUUAGUUUGGUCCGAUCACAUCGCCCAUGCAAUGAACAUCUGUCAAACGAUUUACAUACAGUUUAUCGAACAAAAUGUGAUAUUCAGUUCAACGCUUUAGAGUCGAAAUAACAUUUAAACAUCAUUUAUCCAGUAUAAAUAAAAAUGCCAGAGAUGCGACGAUCUAUGUGCAGACCACAGCCAUCGUUGCUCUCGCGCUUGAAUUGUAAACCAUGUAAUCAUGUUCUGUUCUUCAUGGUUGGGGUGGGACUUGGUGCACUCUUCCUGCGGAAUAAAGAACUCAAUGCCGACCGACAGAAGGAAGAGAAAUAGUAAGCCAGAAGACUAACCAGCGAAUCCAGAGAGUAAUCGCUAUUUGUGUCUACCCUUUGCUCUACAUGGGGACUCCGUUCGUGAAGAACGGGACACGAAUACAUGGUUAAUUCAUUAUUUAUACAGUUGUAAAUGAUACUCAGAUUAAAAAGUUCCCGUAUCAAUGCAAACCA